AUGCGGCCUGCUUUCUCCCGUUCGCUGGCUGUCAAGAUACCCUGUGUCACGAUAUCCACGACCAGGUUCUUAAUUGUUCCCGUCAAUAUCUCACUUGUCUCCGCGAAUUACAGUAAUGCCUUCAUCAGCGGCAUGCAGGAAGACCUCAGCGUUUACGGCAACGAGCGAAAUUGGUUGAAUACCUGGUUUAGCCUCGGAAUAAUGGUCGGCAGCGUACCGGCACAAAUGUCGCAGCUGAGCUAUAUUCGCCCGUCCAUUCUGAUCCCGUCUUGCGAGUUGGUCUGGUCCCUGCUGGUGAUGUACGCACUGCGGUUCUUUAUAGGACUCUUCGAAGCUUGCACCUUUCCAGGGUACAUAUCUAUGCUGGGUGGCUGGUACGGCCCCAAGGAGCUCACCAAGCGUCUGGCUAUUCUCCUUCAGGUUGAGUCCAUCGCAAGUGUGUUCAGUGGAUAUUUGCAGGCUGGGCUCUACACCAGUAUGGAUGGUCGUCAUGGCAUUGCUGGUUGGAGAUGGCUGUUUGUGAUGGACGCUGUCAUCUCCUUUCCCAUUGCAAUUUGGGGUUUCUUCGGUCUGCCAGAUCUGCCUCAUAACACCAAGGCAUUCUACUGGUCGCCAGAGCAUAUUCGCUACGGUGUCGAUGGAAUUGAGAAGUUUGGUCAGAAGGCCCAACACAAGUUGACAUGGAAAGAAGCCAAACGCAUUUACACAGGAUGGGAGAUCUGGGUCUUUGUCGUCCCUUACACUAUGGUUGCCGCAUGCCACACCGCUACAAGCUACUUCAACCUUUGGUUAAAGGACGUCGGAUAUGGUACUGUAGAUGCCAACGUCUACCCCACCGCAGGAAGCGCCCUGAACAUUGUCGCCACAGUCACUUGGGGAACAAUCGCGGACCGUACAGGACAGAACUGCUUAAUGGUAGUGAUUGUACAAGUCUCCAUGAUGCUCUCUAAUAUUCUCCUUUCGGUCUGGUAUGUUCCUAGGGGCGCUCUCAUGUUUGCAUUCUACCUUUCGUAUGCGGGUUCUGCGGCAACUCCUGUGCUUAUUAGCUGGGCCAACAUGCUCAAUGCAGGGGAUCCAAGCUUGAGACAGCUUCUUGUCGGCACAGCCAAUGUUGUCUCCUAUGCGUGGGUAUUUUGGGUACCGUAUGCCCCGAAGUACAAGUAUGGGUAUCAAAUUCUUGUUUUAUUCGGGGGCCUUGCGAUCCUAAGCGUAACGCUGAUGUGGCAUUUGUACCGACGAAGGGAUCAAAAACGAGAUCAACAGGAAGGCCAGGGCACCGAAGGUGGCUCUGUUGCCAGAAAUGGGAACGAGACAGAAUACUAG